GUGUGUAAAUAGAAAAAAGAAAAAAGAAAAUCCAAUUUUCGUUGUAUACUGUACUGGGCUUGCGAUCUGGGGGUUUCAAUUUUACCAUUUUAGGCUCUCCCUCUAUAAUUUCCGCCCUCCGUUGGGACUGCCGGAGGCGUCGUAAGAUUCCGAUCCACCACCUCCGAGGUUGAGAUUACCCCUUCUCUCUCGCUCUCUCUCUACCUUGUUUCUGCUACGAAAAUGGGGUUCUUCUCUUUCCUUGGACGGGUUCUCUUUGCCUCCCUUUUCAUCCUCUCCGCUUGGCAAAUGUUCAACGAAUUUGGCACUGAUGGUGGACCUGCUGCAAAGGAAUUGCUGCCGAAGUUGAAUGCUUUCAGGAGAAACGUCUCCUCCAUAUUUGGAUUCAACCUACCUGUUAUCGAUAUUUCCCAUUUAGUUGCUGCAUUUCUGUCUCUUAAAGGCAUUGGUGGCCUUCUCUUUGUAUUUGGCAGCCCAAUUGGAGCUUAUCUUCUGCUUCUCUACUUGGCAAUUAGCACCCCUAUUUUAUAUGAUUUCUUCAACUACGGUCGUGAGAAGUCCCAAUUUAGCAUACUAUUGAAUGAUUUCUUACUGCAUGUGGCACUUGCUGGUGCAUUGCUCUUCUUCAUCGGGACGAAGAACUCCAUUUCGAGGAGGCAGCAGAAGAAGAGAGCACACAAAGCCAAAACAAACUAGACAUGUAAGAGAAGCCACUACUUUCAACUCGAAAUCGUUCCUUUCCAUUCCCGUCACUCAGGGCUCGGGUGGAAAGAAGGCGGGUUUGAAUUGCUGGAUAUUAGUGUGGGUUCUUGAAAAAGGCUUCCUAUCUAAUAAUUCCUUUUUGUAAUAAUAGAUUUUACUCAUCUCUAGGAAUUGUAGUACUCUUUUGACUGUCAAGAUGUUGGUUGGCGUUGAGAAUUGGGAAUUGGGAAGAUUACGGACAAAAUAUGAAGGGGAUUUAGGCACAUGUUUUUCUCCAUUCAAACUGUUUGCAGAGGAUUAGAGUCUUUUAUUGAAUUGACCUUAUUUAUAGAAUCAUACGUUGAUAUGGAUCUUUUCGGAUCUUGAUUAACGCUCUUGUGUAGAAUCGUCGAGUUGAACGAUAUCUUGGCAAAUCUUGGAAGUUUCAUAUUGAUAGAUAUGUUUUUCGA